AUGGCGGAAGACAAGGAAAGCGCAGAGGCCAUAGUAUCGGAGGUCCACAAGAAGAUCCGCGCUGCUUUUGAUGUGUUUGACCACGAGUUCAACAAGACAGUGGAUGUCAGGGAGAUAGGCACUAUCAUCCGCUCCCUAGGCUGCUUCCCUAACGAAGGGGAGCUACAUGAUGCCAUAGCAGAGAUUGAGGAGGAGGAGCCGACGGGAUACAUCCGCUUUGAGAAGUUCCUCCCCACCAUGACCAAGGUUCUAAUGGAGCGCAAGUUCCGGCCCAUCCCAGAGGACCUGAUGCUCCAGGCCUUUGAGGUUCUAGAUAAGCAGAAAAAGGGACAUUUGGAACUGGAGGAGCUCACAAAGUACAUGACACAGGAAGGAGAGCCCUUCACCCAGGAAGAGAUGGAGGAGAUGUUGUCAGCUGCAAUGGACCCUGACAAGAACCUCAUCUUCUACAAAGACUUUGUUAGCAUGAUGACCGUGGAUGACCCCAGAUAG